AUGUCCUCCUCACCCUGCCUUCUCAUCCCCGCCACCUCUCCCAAGCGGAACCCGAUGAUCCGCAGCCACACGUGGAUCCCCCUCGCGCACACCCCGCUCGAGAUCCGCACGCGCCUCACGACAAACAAAACCUCCUUCGUCGACCGCUCCAUCGACCGCUUCCACCACCGCUCCUUCCAGAACCUCCCGCUCCGCGCCGGCAGCAGCAGUCCACACCACAGCUCCUCCCCCUCCGAGCCGCUGCUACGGGAGUACUUCCACGCCUUCAACGCCCUGUUCUUCUUCAACGCCCUAUCACCCACCUUCUGCACCUUCGUCGUCAUGGGCCGCAACUGCGAGCAGUGGCGGCGCGAGUUCGCGUCGGGCGGGCCGCAGCGGCGCGGUGCGACGCUGAAGCGGGCCCAGCCGGGCCUGCGCUGGCGGGCGCAGGUCGAAGUCGGCAUCGUGGUGUUCGAGCCGGUGGACGCGCGCAUCGGGGCCGCGGAGAAGCUGAGGCGCUGUCUGGGUGCCAUGUCGGCGGAGAUGGUGCGGGCUUUCUUGGGUAUCUACGCGUGCGCGUGUGAGCGCUGCGGUGCGCGGGAUGGGGCGGCUGCGGAGGAGGCCUGGGGGGUAGUGGCGGUGUGGAUGGAGGGAUUUGCGAGGGAGAGGUUGGGCUUGGAGCUGGAUGUUGUGGGGGAUUGUGGGCUGGUGGUUGAGAGGGAGUGGUUUUGUGCUUUUUGA